UUCCUUAUAAACAAUUCAGCAAAAUCGCAGCCUUCGUCUCCAAGGAAACAAAGUUCAAAAGGUGUUUGUUUGUAUCUUCUGAUCGGUUCAAUUUCAUGUGUCACUCACUUUCCUUUCCCAUCUUAAACAUGCUCCCUCCUCUGUGAAUCCUAUUAGACGUCAAUUUCCCCUUUCAUAAAUCUUUGGGUUUUCAUGGAGGAAAUCAAUUGGGAUACCCUUCUGCUCGAGGUUGACUUACCUGAUUUCGGGAAUAUCUUAGAUAAUGAACCGGUAACGGAACCUCCUCCUCAACCUUGUUCAACCCAGAAUCCCGAUGAAGAACCGGCGGUGUCUUCGUGGAUCGGGGAGAUCGAGAAGGUUUUGAUGGAGGAUGAUAAUUUUGAUCCUAGGGUUGAGACUCAACCUGUCUCCGAUGAUGAUUUCUUGGCCGAUUUACUGGUUGAUUCACCUCCUAGUAGCGGCGGCGAUGUGGCUGGCGUCGACGGUGCUGAUUUGCACAAACAGAGCCAGACCCACACCGACGUCGAUAAAGACGAUCCCAUUGCUAAGAAACAGAGAAAGCAGUUGAGAAACAGAGAUGCAGCUGUGAGAUCAAGGGAGAGGAAGAAGAUGUAUGUCAAGGAUCUUGAGAUGAAGAGUAGGUAUUUAGAAGGGGAAUGUAGACGACUGAGCCGUGUGCUUCAGUGCUUCAUUGCUGAGAAUCAAGCUCUUCGUCUUACUUUGCAUAAGGGUUGUGCAUUUGAUGCAUCCUCGGCCAAGCAGGAGUCUGCCGUGCUCUUGUUGGAAUCCCUGCUGUUGGGUUCCCUGCUUUGGUUCCUGGGCAUCAUGUGCCUCUUCACCCUGCCAAUACUGCCCAAGUCAGUUCUGGAGGCAGUUCCAAUGGCAAACGAGGAAACACAAGGUCCCGAAAGAGUGGCUCCAAGAGGGGCAGGGAGUAACCGGGUCGGACCAUCUUUUGUGAAGAGUAGGAGAUGCAAGGCGUCUAGGGGAAAGAUGAAAGAAAUUUCAUGUUUUAUGGGAAUUUUAAUUCCAUUUUAGGUUUAAUGUGAUGGGGGUGUGGCUGUCGUGUUAUUUAAUGAUCCUUGUAGUUUGAAUAAAAAUCACUCUUUGAUCUUUGUUUUUGGCAUGUAACUCUUUUAGUGUACAUUUAGUUUGUUCGGAGUACUAGAAAUUUAGUAGUUUUAGUUUUUGUAAAUUCUUGCAGUUACAUUUUAAUAGAAAGUCCGGUCUAGACCCGUUUAAA